GUCCAAAACCUGAGGCUUGAAUCAAGUGACUCCGGGAACCUACAGCUCUCUCGCCUCUCGCUCACGAGCCAGAAGAUCUUCCGAGCCUCGCCCAUCGAGGCCAAACCCUCUCUCUCCAUCUCUCUCUCUCUCUCUCUGAAACAUCAUCAGUGGCACCGCCGAAUGGGAUUCCUCUUACCUGUCAGUUGAUUCUGAAAACUAUUCUCGCUGAGAAAAGGGACCUACUUGCUGGCAGGCUCCGUGCACUCUACCCCCACCUUUCCAUGUUUCGCGCAGAGCUUAGAGGGAUGCCGAGCUACUGCGACCUUGUCAUGUGAGCUGGAAGAACAAUGCACAGGGCUGCUACGGAGUUAGCCCAGUCUCGACACAUUCCACUUUCUUAAGUCUUCGUUUCGCAGCAGAAGACUUGUGUGAAAUUGUGUCAAAUAAGGCUCAAAUUUUUACGUUCUCGGAGUCAAAGUUAUGGUCCGCGGUUGGAUUGUAUGUCAAAGGUGAUUGCUGUAAAGGAUCGGAUGUUCAGGAUCGUCUACUGUGUAUGAGCGGAUUCAAGCUUUCUUCGUGGUGUGCUAGCUCGUACAGCGGUGUACUGUACUAUUUGUGUGUUGCACUUCUCGUGCAGGAGGAGCGGGUGUUUGAAUUGGAUCAGGGCCCACCGGAGUGCACCUGAGUUUUGUUUGACACGUCGAAUAGCCAUACUGGAUGGGCUCGCACAAACCUUGGCGCAACAACGCUCACGCACCCGGAUUGCUGAGAAUUACUGCAACAGUCCCAGGGUCGGCCUGCAUUCGUGGGAUCGGUGGUUGACAGCCUACAUUCCACCUCUAUACGACUGCCUCGUUUGAAAGUCUUGUGAUCUUCUCGUUCUUUUCCCUGUACUUUCCUCCCUCCCUCCCUCCCUCCCUCCCUCCAUUGACGGAGGCGAUCAUGCUUUGUCACCAAAGACUUCUGGAGUCGUUUGAACACUUUUCACCACUACAGUCUUGCAAUUUCUCAGCCUAAGUACUCUGGCCUGAUGAUCCAACCUCCCGCUUCGCUCGAUUCAUAUCGCCAGCAUGCCCACCUCUCCCCCACGAUGCUCCCGGAAGGCCGAGCUCGAAGUGGCAGCUGAAGUUGGAGGAGGGGGACGACGACGACGAUGAUGAUAGGUGUUGUGCGGCGGCCUUGCGACGAUUGUGAAGCUCGUCAGAGUUCCAGUGGUCUGCCCGCAAGCUGCUGCUGCUGGAGGACGAUCAGACGAGUCGGGAACGAGAGUAGCUGCAGGUGAAGGCGGAAUUUACUUCUUUUCGGCACGGGCUGACGGUUUCGUCAGCUCGACAAUUCAUCCUCCGAUGCAAAGAAUGUUAUCUUGUAAGAAAGGCACGUCGUCCGAGGAAGGGAUUUCGUACCCGGAGGAGGUGAUCGAGAAAAUCGUCUCGCUCCUGCCCUUCCCGGCAAUUCUCAAGGCUCGAGGAUUGACGAAAUGGUGGUCGGCGGCCCUAGCGGGAGGACCUGCGGCCUCGCUCCAAUACCACGCCCAAGUCUCAUCGACUGAUUCGGAGUCGGACAAAUUCUGCCCCGUCUACGUGAGCCCGGACUUCCGAUGCUUCAUCGGCUUCAACCUGACAACGAGAAAAUGGCGCAAAAUGUACAACGUCGCCUUCUUCCCGAACCAGAAGAAGAUCUGGUCGUUCGGCUCGUGCACGGCGACCGGAGCGCUGAUCUGCGGCGUGGUCGAGGCGCCAACGGCGACGCAGAUCUUUCUGAAGAACGUUGUCAGCGGCGCGGCCAAAACGUUGACAAUGCCCGUACGCCCCAAGAGGCUCGAGCACCUGUACGUCGAGGUGCUGGGCUCGGGGCGCGGCACCUUCCAGAUCCUCGUGUACCUGCACCCAUGGACAAUCUACCACCCGGAGGCGCAUCUACAGGUGUACGACUCGAGGCGCGACACCUGGCACCUGCUGGCGACGGACAUGCCCAUCCCGUACUUCACAUACCUGAAGACGCCCUUCAGCUCGUUCGCCGGUGCCGCGGUGCUGGAUGACCGGCUGUACGUGCUGUACCAGGACAAGAUGGCGUCGCUGGGCGGUCACUUCACGGCGCAGCUCAUGGCCUACACGCUGGUGGCGCUGGGCCGCGACGGCGCAGCUGCAGGCGCAGACGACGAGCCGCGCUGCACCGGCGUGCGCCUCGACUUCCCGUUGCUCCACUUCCCGGAGUUCGAGAUCGGCGGGCGUCCGCGCGAGACCGGCCUGCUGGUGUGCGACGGCGAGCUUCUGGUGGUGGCCGUGUCCGAGGCCAUGAGCGGCAACGUACUGCCGGCGCAUAGCAUCGCCGUGUUCAAGCUCGACCUCGACUCCGAGGACUGGAUCCACGUCGCCCGUGGCCCCCCGGCGCCCGUCGCCGGCAUCAGCUGCACGCACUUCGUCGCGCACAAGGGCCUCAUCUACAUGGGCGGCGGCAGCGUCAAGGGCCCCGUCGUCUUCCUGGUGCUCGACGUGCGCAAGGAGAAGUGGACCUGCUUCUCGUCGCCCUUCUACGGCGGCGCAUUCGGGCAAUUCUUCGCUUUCGAGCCCGGCCUCGACCCCUUCGUCAUGAUCUGAUGCUAAUCUGACCACCUCCCGCCCCGCUGCUCGCCUGUGUACAUACAUACAUCAUACAUUCCUGAGAGCGGAGUCUGCUGUGAAAAAUUCUGCGUGGCGGCGGCGGGCGGGCGGGAUCGACAGCUUCGCAGGGCGAUGAAGAUUCGAAAGCACCGGAAUUCGUCUGCUGCCGCUGCUCGCGAUUUGGAAAAUAUGCGCUUCUGACUUCGUCCGUGCAUACUACGGCGGCAGAAACGCAUCUGCAGUGGUCACAAAUUCAAGCUCGUGGUCGCUUGUUUUCUGCGAUCGGGAGCAAGACAGUGGCUGAAUUAGAUGUAGGAUCGUUUAGUUUCUGUAGUUUUUUUCUGGCUCGAGUUUGGGAACUGUAAGGCGCUGCUGGUUAUGGACGGAUGGUUAGGUGAGCUCGGAAGAUGGUGAUUUGUCGAAGGGAAAGAAGUGACGGAUGUUGAGGAUGCUCACUGGGGCCGAGUGUUGUAGAUCAUAUAUCGUGAGCACGAGUUCCAGGAGGGAGGAUAGACCGAGAGUGAGGAAUGUGCAUAAUGGAGCAGUUCAGAGUUUAGGAAGACCAGCGCAGCUGUAGUUUUCGCUGACAACUGAGUGCGCUUCGGUAUCUUUGACAGUCAUCGAGAAUUGAGAAUUGUUUUGAGGUGAAGAGUUAGCACGCGGACAUUGUGCUGAUGUAAGCUUGUGAAAAACGUUCUAAACAAGAGAACUCUGCAGGCAGCGGGUCGCUGACCCGCGCCGGCAGGAUUCAAGUUCUCCGACAUUUGCGUCCGAACGUACCCGACC